UAAUGAAUUCUGCCAUGUACAAAUAUUUUAGUACAUAAUUUCUUUUUAAUUUUCCACUAAUCCCACGAGAUUUGCCAAAUCAAUAAGUUCAGUCAUAAUGAGGAUAGCCUUGUUAUUUUUCCUACUGACCUGGUCGUUUUUUCCUAUAGCUUUCUCAACUUUAUUCUGGCUUGGUUUACAUCGAAAGAGAAGAAGAUGUGGAAAAUGUCGAAAAGUGCAUGAAAUACCCGCUUGUGCCGCUAGGCCGCCGCCAGAGCCACCUACUAUUUAUCUACCUCCACCUCCUCCUCCACCUCCCCCACCACCUCCACCGCAACCAGUUUCACCUCAAGUGAAUAUAGAAAUCAACAAUACCAUAACACACAUAAUCGACGACAGGAAAAACUUUAUGAACGAAAUCAAGGAUUUGUUAAAGGAGCAUUUGAAACAUAGGCCAGUUCCUGUAGAAGUCCACAAAUUCAGCGAACACGAAACCGUUGAAGUAGGAAUUAAAAAGCCUCCUAGUACUCCUCUUCGUGCUCCUUCUCAUUCUCCCAUAGAUUGCAGUGAUCCAUCAAUUAUUAACCUAUUUCCACAAUGCCAAGGAUCAGGUCAAGCUCUUCACUGGAUGAUGAACACUGAAUGUCAAAACACAUUAUUUGCUGCAUGUAACCACGCUCUAAAGAUAGAAUGAUCACCGAUAGCAUUCCAAUGGUAAUCAUACCGAAAUUUUAGGUUGAUCUUAUUUCGAUCUUUAUUUGACCCAGAAUCAUCCUCAACGAUAACGAAAGUUGAAAUUUAGAAAUGAUUUGGUUAAAUUGUUUUUGCAGUACCUACCCAUGUUUUGUCAUACCGUGAUCUCCAGCAGAUCGAUCUGACAGAGUGAAACCUCUUAUAUUCGUUGUGUCAAAAUUUUCUACAUUGAAUCAACCUUUCCGAACAUUUUGUCUGAUUCUGAUACGAAAUCAUGUUUCUGAGAACAAGUAAUUUCG